GGUAGUAAUGUGUAGUGGGGGAAGCACCUGCCAGGCCCCUCCACCUGCCAGUUGACUGGGCACCCCAAGGUUGUGGGAUGCCUACCUGGUGUUCUCCAACACCCCAGUCCUGUCUGGUGCACCUCUCCCGGUGGUUGCUUCCCCUGAUGCCAGCGAUUUAGACCAUCCCUGCUGUAUCCACGGCAACAGAAGCAGGAGUGUUACUGGUCGCCAGAUCACUGAGGGUCCCACAAACGAUGUGGCCUGGGUUGUGAUUUACCUUGAAUGAAACAGCUUGAAUCCCCUUUCUGGAUACCAAGGCAACCCUGCUGAGAGAGCCAAGGUAGCACAGACUUGUGCCAACUCACCACUGAAGAUAUUGCUGUGAUUCUCACCUAAGGGGAGAAAGCUGCUAGAGGGCUGAAGAAAGAUGAUGUGAGGGUAUAACCCAGCACGUCAGCUGAUGGAGUCCUACAGGGUCCAUGGAGUAUCAGAUUGGCUGACCCCAUAGGGUUGAGAGCAGCCCUUGGCCCUCAGUAUGGCCAACACCACUGGAGAGCCUGAGGAGGUGAGCGGAGCACUAUCCCCGCCAUCUGCAUCAGCUUAUGUGAAGCUGGUGCUUCUAGGAUUGAUCAUGUGUGUGAGCCUGGCGGGCAAUGCCAUCUUGUCCUUGCUGGUGCUCAAGGAGCGCGCUCUGCACAAGGCUCCUUACUACUUCCUGCUAGACCUGUGCCUGGCUGAUGGCAUACGCUCUGCUGUCUGCUUCCCUUUUGUGCUGGCUUCCGUGCGCCACGGCUCCUCGUGGACCUUCAGUGCACUCAGCUGCAAGAUUGUGGCUUUCAUGGCCGUGCUCUUUUGCUUCCAUGCGGCCUUCAUGCUCUUCUGCAUCAGUGUCACCCGCUACAUGGCCAUUGCCCACCACCGCUUCUACGCCAAGCGCAUGACACUCUGGACAUGUGCAGCUGUCAUCUGCAUGGCCUGGACCCUGUCUGUGGCCAUGGCCUUUCCACCUGUUUUUGACGUGGGCACCUACAAGUUCAUCCGUGAGGAGGACCAGUGCAUCUUUGAGCAUCGAUACUUCAAAGCCAAUGACACACUGGGUUUCAUGCUUAUGUUGGCUGUGCUCAUGGCAGCCACACAUGCUGUCUAUGGCAAGCUUCUUCUCUUCGAGUAUCGUCACCGCAAGAUGAAGCCAGUGCAGAUGGUGCCAGCUAUCAGCCAGAACUGGACAUUCCAUGGCCCCGGGGCCACCGGCCAGGCUGCUGCCAACUGGAUCGCUGGCUUUGGCCGUGGGCCCAUGCCACCAACCCUGCUGGGUAUCCGGCAGAAUGGGCACGCAGCCAGCCGAAGGCUGCUGGGUAUGGACGAGGUCAAAGGUGAAAAGCAGCUGGGACGCAUGUUCUACGCGAUCACACUGCUCUUCCUACUCCUCUGGUCACCCUACAUCGUGGCCUGCUACUGGCGAGUGUUUGUGAAAGCCUGCGCUGUGCCUCACCGCUAUCUGGCCACUGCUGUUUGGAUGAGCUUCGCCCAGGCUGCUGUCAACCCGAUCGUCUGCUUCCUGCUCAACAAGGACCUCAAGAAGUGCCUGAGGACUCAUGCCCCCUGCUGGGGCACAGGAGGUGCCCCAGCUCCCAGAGAACCCUACUGUGUCAUGUGAAGCAGGCUGAUAGGCAAGCAGGCAGAGAGAAGGUCGUGGUCACCAUAAUGGGGCCAACAGCAAAAGAGGGAUGGGGCCCCGUAAAGGAGCUUCCUUUCUGAGCUUUAGCCCCAGCCCUCUGGACCACUCACAAUCUAGCCACCUUUGCCAAUACCUCCCUAGGGUUAGGGACUGGGUGGAAGGUGUUUAUAGUUUUGUGUGGCCUGUAUCUGCCACCUCCUUCUUCACUGCUCUCUCUCUCAAGUGACAAUUCAGAAAAAGAAAACAAAACUGAAAAUGGAGGUUUUUCUACUAGCAGCUGAGAAGACAGGCUUUCUUGCUUUAAUGUCUCUUCUUCUGACAUUGUCCAGAGAGGGGGAAAUUGUCAUGUAAAAUAGACUUCCAGAGCUCUUAUUGCCCUCUCUACUCCCAUGCACCCACCUUCCAAGUUCUUUAGCAAGGUCUGGAUGCUUUAAGGAGAAAUUGAUCCAAAGCUUCUGACAAAGGGGACCAAAAAGGGUGCUGGGUCCUAGAAAGCAGUGGUUGCUAUGUUGUGUGCAAUUUUGUUUUAGGCUAACCCUGGUCCCAAGCUCAGUCUCUUCUCCCUCUCCACCAUGUCCAGUCCUUCCAAGUGUUUCUGGAACGUUUGUUUGAGAAGCCAGGAGGGGAUAAAGAAAUCCAGGAUGAGUAAAAAGCUAGUCUUUGAGUGGACUGCAAUCUCUCAAGCUGCCUCCUGGAUCCCCAAACCCCCAACUCUUCUUUCUGAGGAUUGAAAUCCACUCUAACCUCACUUGUGCUAAUGUGGGUGCCAUAGAGGCACAAGCAGCCCCCAAGGGAAGUGUAAGGAGAGAGCUGGACUCCCUAGAGUAAUUGGAUCCCAAAGUCUGGGGUCAAAGAGAAAUUCAACUCUAGAAUUGUUUCCUGAUUUCAUGCAACUCUUCAGAAGAUGAAAUUUUGUUUUGAGCCUUGGUAACUCUUAGAGACAUAAUCCCCCAAGGCACCGUGGACUUGUGUCCACUCCUAUCUGACCUCAUUUUGUCUUCCCUCAAGCCUCAGGGGCUUCAAGCCCCUCCUUGGUACGCCUUGAUCUUCUGGGUCCUCAGUCCUAAAAUUCCCUCUUGUCAACAGCCCUUCCCUCCCUGCCUCCCUUAUACCUUUACCUACACUCAAAGAGGAGCCGACUGCAGCCAGCUUACCUAAGUGGAAGAUCCUAAGCCUCUCUCCCAUGCCAGGGGCAAAGUCCACUCUGGGCCCACUUCAAGGUCAGUUUUUGUAGUUCUUGAGAGUCAAGCUGCCAUCCCUUUGCCUGGUCUUGUCCAGCAUCUCCAAUCUCCUCAAAUGUCCUCAGGGAGGGAUCUGUAUUUACCCAUCCCUCCACUUCCCUUCCCUAUAGAAGUUCCUCUUCUAAGCUCCCUCUCUUCUGUAAGACAGCCCCAGAACUAGAGAAGCUUUGACCUAAAAAGAGUGUGGAAGGCACUCUGAACAAGAGAGACAUUAAAUGAGCCUGGCUGUGGAGUCGCUCUGGCAAAGCAGUCCAGAGUAAUUGGGAGUGGGAUGUGCCUGUUCUCUCAGUGAUAGUGAUGGGGGUGCU